AUGUUCAUAUUAUGUAUUUCCUAGUCCAAAGACUGCAAAUUUCAUCUAAUUUAGCAAUUUAUUAUCCUAAAUAGCCUUUAUAUUCUUAAAAAACUCCUUUGUAUUAUCCGUAGGUUCUCCCUCUCCAUGUGUAGCAACCGUAAAAAUGCAUAAACUUGUGUUUUUAGUGAAAAAAUCCCAAUCAAAAUUCAACAAAUCAAUUACUUAUCCAUUAAAAUUAUUUAAAUUAGCCUCCUCAUUUAAUAUAUUGGCUAGUUUUAUUGCAGUACCACUUUAAGAACCAUAUAAAAUAUAAAUAUUACCAUAUGUAAUUGA